AUCCCGCACGUAGCCGGCGCGUUAAUCAGCGCGGGGCCAUCUGCCGCCCUCCUCGCCGCGGGCGGGGGCUGCCCGCGCCCUUCCCGCACGCCCCGGGCGCUCCCGCGCACUGCUGGGGCGCCAGCGGCAGGAGCGCCAGCGCGGGGCUUCGGCAGCACCGCCGCUCCCGCAGCGCCGGGCCGCGGUGCGUAGCCGAGCCCGCAGCGGCCAAAGUUUUACCUCGCCUCGCCUGGCCUCGCGCCGCGGCGGAGCCCCUGCCCGGCUCGGUCUGGAGCGGACGGCGGCCCCACGGGCAUCGCCUCCCAGCGCGGGCGCCGGCAGAGCAGCGGCGCGCCCGUCCCCGCCGCGCCAUGCCGCUGGGACACAUCAUGAGGCUGGACCUGGAGAGAAUCGCCCUGGAGUACGUCGUGCCCUGCUUGCACGACAUCGGCUUCUGCUACCUGGACAACUUCUUGGGGGAGGUGGUGGGGGACUGCGUGCUGGAGCGGGUGAAGCGGAUGCACCGCGACGGGGAACUGGCCGACGGGCAGCUAGCCGGCCCCAGCCGCGGCGUCGCCAAGCGGCAUCUCCGCGGCGACCAGAUAAAGUGGAUCGGAGGCACGGAGGAGGGCUGCGAGGCCAUCAACUUUCUCCUCACUCUGAUAGACCGGCUGGUGAUGUACUGCGGGAGCCGGCUCGGCAAGUACUACGUGAAAGAGCGAUCCAAGGCUAUGGUUGCUUGCUAUCCUGGAAAUGGAACUGGGUAUGUUCGUCAUGUGGACAAUCCAAAUGGUGACGGGCGCUGCAUCACCUGUAUUUAUUACCUGAAUAAGAACUGGGACUCCAAGCUGCAUGGUGGAAUUCUUCGAAUAUUCCCAGAAGGAAAGUCCUAUGUAGCAGAUGUUGAGCCAAUUUUUGACCGAUUACUUUUUUUUUGGUCAGAUCGAAGGAACCCACAUGAAGUCCAGCCUUCUUAUGCAACCAGAUAUGCCAUGACCGUGUGGUAUUUUGAUGCUGAAGAAAGAGCAGAAGCCAAAAAGAAGUUCAGGAACUUAACCGAUGCGAGGAAGAGAGAAGCACCUCUUACUGAAGACUAAUCAACUGUUCAUGAACUCUUUGUGAGGAAAUAAGAUCCCAAAGAUGACUUCCAUUUCCAGCAAAUAAGGGCAAAACAUUUUUAUGCACAAGAAUGCACUGGUUGUGUCUAGCACAUGCAUCUUAUGCUGAUGGUACUUGAGGCUGUCUCCUGUCAUGCUGCAUCUGGUAGAAGAAAGACUUGUUUGCUCUUUGCCUUUUGCUGGAGAAAAUAAGCAGGGUUUAAAAAAAAAGAGUAUGUGAUACUCAAGCCUAGUGGUAGUGGCUCAGCCAAUUGGCUUUUGAUCACUCUUGUAAGUAAGAUAAUGGUCAUUGGAACUAGUGGUAAAAAACUGAAUAUUAUUUGCACUUUAUGGGGAGAAGAAGUUCUAGUUAAAUGGGAAGAAGCCUUGCAAGUUUAAAAUCAGUUGGCAGACUGCUGACAGGCACAGAGAGAUAUUUGACAUGGGAAGUUAAAUUGGAUAUUUGUAGAGCAUUUUACGGUCUGUCCCAAAUGGACCUGUUGAUGUACUGUUUAACAUUUUGCUGCACAGAACAUUGGUUCAGCUCUUCAGAAACAUGACUUCCCAGAUGUUUGUCUAUGCAGUCAUCACAUUUUCUGAAUUUUGUUUGCUCUUCUAGAGGCACAUUCUAGCUCUACAGCUGUACUUCCCUUUCUGUCCAGGACUGAGGGGAAAGUAGUUAUGUAUCUGUUCACAACUUCAUAAAACCAUUUUUUUUUUCUGUUUUGAGCAGGAUGGGUUGUAUGUUUUCUAUUUUCAUAGUUUGGUAAAGCAGCUGUUUUCUCCCAAAAGUCUGGUAAACUUGGAAGGCUUGUGGGCACACAGUGCAUUGGCCCUUAAGGUCAGUGAUAUGUAGAGAAAUGUUUACUUUGUGACUUCUCCAUUUGCUAUGUUCUGUGAGACAUAGAUAUGAAUCUGAAAGGGAAAGAUAUGUCUGGCAGUCUGACAGAUAUAUGAUAAAUAAUGAGUAAGUUAGACUUGAUUUUUAUGCUGCAUAUUCUUAGUGAACACACUUGUUUAAUUUUGCAUGCAUAUGUAAUUUGAAUGAAACUGCAAUUCCGAUUCAAUUGAUCUGUGAUGCCAGGUAACUACUACUGCUGUGCCCUAGCUGUGAGAUGAGUUAUUCAAUGGCAAAGCACACAUUUUUUUCUCAGUUUUUUUUUUUUUUUUUUUAACUUAUUAGACUCAAUGAGUAACUGGUGACCUAUUCCUAAUUUGUCUAAACUUCUACAACCAGCACUUACUAUGCAGUUCAGAAUAGCUCUUAAUGAAGCUGGGAUCUGGCAGUGGAUGUAUUUAUCACUCACAUUAAUUGUUUUCAACUUAAUACACUCACUUGCAUUCAUUUUUAUCCCAUGCUGUGUGUGUCAGGCCCUAUUAAAUGUUCCAAAUAGAUGCCCCCUUCAGUGUCCCAUAUUUUCCUGUGCCACCUGCCUAUGGUGGUGAAGGUGGUGUGUCUGAACCACUGGCCCCUGCUCUGCUUCCCCAUGCUCUGCUGGGUUGUCCUGCUGUGAUGGGGCUGCAUUUGAGCUAGGGAAUGGAAAAGUAGUGUGCAAUGGCAACUAUUAAACGUCAGUGACAGCAAGGUAAUAGCUGCAUUGGACAGAAAAGAAGUAACUUUCAUGACAUAAAAAUUAUAAUAGAAAAUGGAGUAUUUUUUAAAGCAGUUUUGUGUCUUAAAGAAAAGCUGAGCAUCCUUCAGCCUGCCCAUGAAUGCUGAAUGUAACCCCUUAUUCUCUCUGGAUUCUCCCAGAGAUCCAGCUAUGGUCUUAUAGGCCUGACCACUGUGCACCCUAAGAGAGGAAUAUGAGGGAAUAUGUGUGGCUAAUAUUUUUGCAACUCAAGACUAGAAAAAGACAAAGAAUAUGAUAAAUAUCCUUUAAGGUUUAAUGUUAAGAAAAACAUUAUUCUACUAGGGUUGCUUGUAAGUAACACCAGAGACUUGAAGGAAAGUUAGUGGUAACUUGAAAUUUCCAUUCUAAAAUGUUCAUGUGGGAGGUGAAAGAGUUUGGGCUCUUCCUUGAGAGUGAGAGGUAACCCUUUGAAAUGUAAGAGGUGUUGGAAAAGAUGGCAUUACUAUUUAGAGAAGAUGAUGGCAUACAACUUGUUGUAUUACUAUGCAAAGUUGAUAAUGACACCUAAAUUUGAAACUCCGACAUGAUUUUAAAAGGAGGAAAAUCAGAUAAAUCAGAACAGAGCAAAUAUUGCUUUGCCUCUUGAAACUAUAACCUUAAAAAUUAACUAGAAAGUAUUGUUAGUACACAUCUUACUGGAGCCUGGAACAGUGGAAAGCCAAUGUGUGGUGAAAGGGGAAAAGCUUUGUGUAAGGGCUGAAAAAGAAAGGUACUUCAGUUAUCACUGUUGCUACCACCAGGUUUCUGCAGUGGUCAGCAACUGGUAUGGUGAAUGGAGCAUGGAGCAGUAUAGUUGCAUUUAUUGUAAAUAAAUACAUAUUUUCUUUUUUGUGAAUAGCUUCCUCAUCUAUAUUGCAUAUAUAGAAGACAGGGCAAUUAUUCUGUGGCAGGGAGUGUUGUCUUUAUUAACACUUGUAAUCAAGUGUAAAAAAAGUUGAGGGCUUGAGAGCUUGAAACCAAUUCCUCAGUCCUCUGUUUCAAUCUCUACUAUGUUUCCAGUGGGAUGAUCUUCUUGAAGAAGCUGUAGUUUAUUUUGGAGUAGGGUGUAGGGGGUUGUUGGUCAUGGGUGACAUACACAUGGGGCGGGUAUUUCAAAGAGGCUUUUUCCUUGUAUUUUGUCUUCAUAACAAACUGUUUGAAUCAAAUAGCUAAACAGCACUUGUCAGCCAGUUGUGAAAAGGUAUACCUUUCUCUAAGGUAUUUUACUUUGAAUCCUCCAAAAAAUUCUGGUUUUUUUUUUUUUUUUUUUUUUUUUAAUCUUUAGGUAAUGUGCCUUCAUUAUUUCAUGCUGCACAUGCACGUCAUGUCAUGCAAGUUUUUGAUGACUCUAAAAAACAUGGUUGCCUUUUGAAUUGCAUGGGAAAUAUGUGCAGAGCCACUAAGCUGCAAUUUUCAACAGGAGGUUUUUGUUGUGUAGGGAGGAAAAAAGGCCAGGAGACAGUGCUGAAAAUCAAAAGACUGUUUUUAUUCUUAAACCUGUGAGCACUGGCCUUUUGAGCAAAGUAGUCUCUAAUAAAUCUUUUUCUCUAGAUUACUUCUGGUUCUAUGAAGAAUGACUUCUACAAAAUAAUGUCUAAAAAGUCCCACUCUUUUUUUCCCUUCUAUUUUUAAACAGUUUUAGUCCUAUGUGUUUUUUAAAAUGUUGGAAUAUAUUAUAUGUAUUUCGUGUUGCAAAAUAGCUGGCUCUAACACCACUUGCAUCUAGAAGAAAAUGUGUCUAUUUGCAGGCAAAUGACUAGUUCUACUUGGACUGUGAUGUACUCCCAGCAGAUAUCUGAGACUGAGUUAUGACUACAUCUUCUCUUGUCAGGUUGUAUGCUGGUCAACAAUGCUGGCACUUUGCAUUGGAUUCAUAUAGAAACCCCAGUAGUAUUUUACCAUACAUCACAUUUUGUGUUCCUGUUACUAUCAAAAAAAAAUGUCGCAGGAGUCAAUAAACACUGGGUCAUGUUAAAC